AUCUGGGGCUGUAGCUCAGUUGGUAGAGCGCUUGCUUAGCGUGCAUGAGGUCUAGAUUUCGAUUAUCUACUGCUCCACUUUUUUUUUGAAGUACCUCGACCGAUGCCGUCAUCAAUGGCUGAGGCUUAGCGACCGCAGCAACUUCAGCGACGUUGACUCAGGUGUACUCAACAUCCUCCGCCUCGAUACCUUAUAUCUGUCACCUCGUCGCCUUUUGCUCCGAAGAACGUUGCUUCAUCGCUAUCAUCUCAGACACUUCAACUUCAACUUAGGACUUUUCAACUAUGAACAAGGCAGGUCAACGAGUCUAUGCGCCACCGACAUCGGCGCCCCCAGUUUACACAGGCCAAGACCCUUCGCGCUUCAACAAGACGGCCAGUUUGAUUGAGUUGUGCAAACAGCAAGGCAUCUCGCCCUUCUUCGCCUCUCAGUUGCAUGUCUUGCAAGAGUACUCCAGUAUUCGCAUCAUUAUCGAUGAUUCCGGCAGUAUGCGCACAAGCGAAACAGAUCAUUAUGGUCGACGCAAGGGAACACGAUGGGAUGAACUCAUGUUGACGUUGCGCAGUGUCUUCGACAUUGCCUGUGCCGCUGCCAAUACGACAGCACCUGAAGCUGCUACCGCUUCCGUCGAUAUGGCUGCUGCGCAAGGUCCUACAUCGCUUGCCAGGCAGUAUGGCGGUCUUGUGGACGUCUACUUGUUGAAUGGACAUCCUGAUGGGCGCAAGGAAUUUGUUGGUCUUCGAUCAUUCAAUGAGCUCGAGCAGCAACUUGUUGGCCUUCCUAUUCGUGGUCGUACACCAACACUGCAAGUGCUUGAGUAUCUCUUCCACUACGAGCGUAUGGAAGGAGAACUUCCAGUGCUCACGCUGCUGUUCACGGAUGGACAGCCUGAUUGUGGUCUGCCAGUCAUGGCAAGCUAUCUUCGUGAUGUCCAAACCAAGUUCACUAACUCUUUCAUGACCAUUUCGCUUUGCACAAGCGAUGACUCGGUCGUGAAUGUCUACAACCAGCUUGAUGCGUCGAUUCCAAGGCUCGAUGUCAUGGAUGACUACCAUUCUGAAAAGAUGGAGGUGUACCAAUGUCAAGGCAGUAGAUUCCCCUUCUCAAAGGGCGAUUACCUGGUCAAGACGCUCAUUGGUCCGCGUGUCGCUCUGUGGGAUAGUCUUGAUGAGCGUCGCUUGACCAAGGACCAGCGCAGGAUGUUUGAGGAGUAUGCCACUUCCGCUUUUGGUGUUUCGAAGAAGCAGAAGAAGGAUUGUAUUAUUCAAUGAACCGGCGUUCACCUCUGUAUCAGCAGGACCAUAAUUAGUGAUGAGCUGUAGUAAUAGUGUACGAACUAAUAUCUUCAACCUUGAACUGAA